AUGAGUGACGCUCUUUGCGGACCGUCAAAUGCGCUUCAGAAUUUCCAGAAGCAUGCGUCCGUUGACAGGACGCUUCAACAGGAUAGAUUGAUCUCGCGGCAACCGCAAUCUCAUGGCUUCCGAUCGCAAAACGGAAAUGAAGCAUCCUCAGAUCCUGAAUUUGCUGCGUUUGAAUCCAGCAUCGCAGGACCACCAGCGCCCGAACUACACCAUGCAGGUCACUUCGCGGCUCCUGUUCCUUAUCAUCCAAUGCCCGGCCAUAUGGAAACUCCUCACUGGGCGUCAGACUUCCAACGGUUACAGAUCUCGGGACCUUCACAUCCAAUUCACCAGCAACCUGGCCCAUCUACCGCUCCGAUGGCACCGCAACAAGGAUGGCAAAAUGAAUUUAUGGCCCAGCAACAACCGCAUCAACCUCAACAGCAGCAGGCCCCCGGCCCGCAGCACCAUCAGCCCUACAGAUACGGGUUUCAACCAUCUUUUGCGCAAAACUAUUCUUUGAAUGGCGCCCAGAUGAAUACCUUCCAGACUCGGGAGACAGUGGAAAGUCAACAGCCACAAGCAAAUACUUUUGAUGAGUCGGCAUUUGAGGCGGCGUUUGAACAAGCCAAAGCCAAUAUGGAACUGGAAGAAACCACUGCCGCACAGACACAUGCCGAGAUUGUCAACGAACCCGCUCAAUUCGACGCCACUGUUCAACCAGAAACCCAUGAAGAAAUCAGGAUAGGGUCGGACAUGAUUGCCCCUAAAGAAAAUACGCAAGAACGAUCGAAUGAUGCAGAUGAGCUUGCCCGAACGGCGGGACAGUUGUUGCACAGUGUUAGCCACGAGACAAAUGAGAAAUUCCAACAAAGCAAUUUUCUUGCCUUAAUGCGUCGCAUUCGGGACCGAGAGGUUCAGAUUGAGGGAGAUGAAUUUCGCGAAGUCAGUACUAAUCCGUGA